GGCAGAUAAGAGGAGAAACUCACCACAACAAUGAAGGAAAAGGACUGACAGUAUUCGAUAGAUUUAGUCAAACUGUGCUUGAGUUUGGCUUAGAUUUAUGCCAGUAGAACCUGUCCUUAACAAAUUCAGAGAUGACCCAAGAUUCUACUCUGUGGUAUGGGGGAAAGACCUCUCGAUAUUUAUCUCACAUCAACGGCUUUACCGCAGGAGCGUCUACACCUCCCCAGUUUCCUGUAGAAAAGACCGCUUUGCUCCUUUGAAAGCGCGGACUGCAACACCUCCAGCCCCUUCUCCCCGCGGAACUCGGCCCGCGAAGGUUGUGGGAAGGUGGUGGGGCGGGGACUGCAGCCGCUUCCGAUUGGCGUUGCCCCAAGGAAGCCUGCGCGGAUUGGUCGGCGGCAGGACCCGCAACAGAGCCUCCCAUGCGGAUUGGUUGCUACGCAGCUGGACCCUGUUUCCGGUACCUGGGCGGGCAGCUAUGGUGACUGGCAGGCGGGAUGCGAAGCUGCCUGUGUGGCCGGUGGAGGCCCGCUUGGCGGCACUGCUUCCCGACCUACUGGUCUUUCGGAAGCCCCGGGGAUCGGAAUCCGAGCUCGCCACGGCCCAGGGAGUCCUCCUAGGCGUCCAUGUGACGGGGUUUACAGCAUUAAUGGACAGGUUCAGCCUGACCUGCAAGUCGGAACGUGACAUGGACAAACUGGCCCACAUCUUCAGUUACUACAUUAGUGACAUCGUGGAGCAUGUUCUCUGUUUUGGAGGGGAUAUCCUAAAUAUCACAGGGAACAUGCUCCUGGCACUCUGGAGAGUAGAACAAAAUCAACUGAGUGACAUCAUUACCUUGGUGGCAAAAUGCAGUCUGGAGAUACAGGAGAAAUUUGGGAUCUAUCACACCAGAGAAGGCCAGGACCUGCAGUUAAAGAUAGGUCUGUCUGCGGGUCGGAUUUCCCAGGUUAUUGUUGGAGAUGAGCGGCAGCAAUACCUCUUGGUGAUUGGGCGGGAUGUAGAUGAUGUCCGGUUAGCUCAGCGUUUGGCUCAGGCAAAUGAGAUUGUCCUAUCCUGGAACUGCUGGAUGCUCUGCGAGCAGUGUAUGUUUGAAGUGGAAAUCAUGAGGGAGGAUGAAGCUGUGAAGUUAAGAGAUAUGCGGAUCAUUGACCCAUUUGAUUUUGAUGAGCAUUUUGACAAGUGCCUCGAUUAUCUACCACAUUACCGUACAAGUGCUGAGACUCUAAGAACUGCACUGGAAUUGGAUCCACACUCUGAUCUUGACCAAAAGCUGCGGAAACACAUAAUGAAAAACCUUUUGAAGAAGAUUGAUGAAGGCCAGCCUGUAGAGUAUGUAUCUGAAUUCCGUACGGUGACUCUGGUUUUGGUCAGCCUGGAGUUCCACAAGACAGCGUGGAUGUUGCAUUUGUGUCAUCUUAUCCAGGAGUCUGCCUUAUACAUCUCCACAGUCAUUGAGAAAGGGGGUGGCCAGCUGAGUCGGAUCUUUAUGUUUGAGAAAGGCUGCAUGUUCCUCUGUGUUUUCGGCCUUCCUGGUGAUAAGAAGCCAGACGAGUGUGCACAUGCCCUGGAGAGCUCCUUCAGCAUCUUUAGCUUCUGCUGGGAGAAUCCUGCUAAGACCAAACUUGUUUCCAUCAGUAUCACCAAUGGACCAGUAUUCUGUGGCGUGGUUGGAGCAGUAGCAAGACACGAAUAUACAGUUAUUGGUCCAAAAGUGAGUCUUGCGGCCAGAAUGAUAACUGCUUAUCCAGGUUUGGUGUCCUGUGAUGAGAUAACAUAUCUAAGAUCCAUGCUACCUGCUUACAACUUCAAGAAACUCCCAGAGAAAAUGAUGAAAAACAUCUCCAACCCAGGGAAGAUAUAUGAAUAUCUUGGCCACAGAAGAUGUAUAAUGUUUGGAAAAAGACAUUUGGCAAGAAAGAGAAACAAAAAUCGCCCUUUGUUAGGAGUGUUAGGUGCUCCCUGUCUCUCUACAGACCGGGAGAAAGAAUUGGAAGCCUUCCAAAUGGCACAGCAAAGGUGUUUGCACCAGAAGAAGGGACAAGCAGUUCUGUAUGAAGGUGGAAAAGGCUAUGGAAAAAGCCAGCUGUUGGCUGAAAUAAACUUCCUGACACAGAAGGAAGGGCAUAGGGUAUUGCCAUUGAUGCUGAAGGAAGCAGAUUCCAAGCAGUGCUUCUAUGCCAUCCAGACCCUCAUGGCCAUCUUCUUUGAAAUUGAUACAUGCCCAGCCUAUUACCGGCAAGAGUGCCUACAAAGACACCUUCGUGGGAUAGUGGAAGAACAACUUCACUGCCUUUUUAAUGACCUCUUAUUUGUGAAGUUUCCUUUGUCCUUCAAAGUUUCGCACAUGGAUGACGUGGCCAGACAAAAGAAGGUUAAAGCAUGUUUUAUUAAAGUACUUCAGGAGGCAGCGAGGGAAACACCACUGAUUUUCCUCAUUGAUGAGGCCCAGUAUAUGGAUGCAGCUUCCUGGGAGUUUUUGGAAACAUUGCUCUCCAGUAUGCCCAUCAUCAUGGUGAUGACGUUGACCCCUAUCUUCACCCUGUGUGGCUGGGCCCAGCAUUUCCUGCAGAGCCCUCAAGCUAUCCUUAUGCCUAUUACGAAGUUGGCAACAACCUCGCUGUUGAGAAUGGCAUGUUGGGAGCUAGGGGUGGUGAGCAUCCCCCAAGAGCUGCAGAUCUACCUUCACAGGUGCUUUGGAAAUCCCCUUUAUUGCAAGGUCCUAUGCCAGGACCUUCUCUCUAAGGACAUAUUGCUCUUUCAUGACCUACAAAAGGAGGAAGAGGAAAACAGCAAGUGGGAAACCCUCUCAGCCAAUGCCAUGAAAUCCAUAAUGUAUAGUAUUUUUCCUGCCAACUCUGAAGAAGGCCAGGAACUUUAUGUCUGCACAGUCAAGGAUGAUGUGAACUUGGAUACAGUACUUCUCCCACCCUUUCUGAAAGAAAUAGCAGUAAGCCAACUGGAUCAACUGAGCCCAGAGGAACAGUUGCUGGUCAAGUGUGCUGCAAUCAUUGGGCACUCCUUCCAUAUAGAUUUGCUGCAGCACCUCCUGCCUGGCUGGGAUAAAAAUAAGCUACUUCAGGUGUUGAGAGCUCUUGUGGAUAUACAUGUGCUCUGCUGGCCCAACAAGAGCCAAGAGCUUCCUGCUGAACCCAUAUUAGUGCCUUCCUCUAUCGACAUAAUUGAUGAAACCAAAGAGAAGAAAACAAAGUUAGAUGGUGGUUCAGCCUCUCUUCUCAGGCUAAAAGAAGAAUUAUCCCUACCUCAAACUGAGGUGUUGGAAUUUGGAGUGCCUCUACUACGGGCAGCUGCUUGGGAGCUCUGGCCCAAGGAACAACAGAUAGCUUUACACCUCGAAUGUGCCUGCUUUCUCCAAGUUUUGGCCUGCCGCUGUGGGAGCUGCCAUGGAGGAGACUUUGUCCCCUUUCAUCGUUUUGCAGUUUGCUCUACUAAGAAUUCCAAGGGGACCUCUCGAUUCUGUCCUUACAGAGAUACUGGCUCAGUGCUAACACAAGUGAUCACAGAAAAAUUGCAGCUGCCUUCUCCCCAAGAUAGUUUUCCAUUCCAGAUGAAACCAUCCAGAACUCAGGAGGCCUUCUCAAGUGAAUGCUGCAGAACAGAGGAAGAGUUCCUAGAUCAAGUGAAGAGGAAGCUGGCUCAGACCAGCCCUGAGAAAGACCUGUUGACCACAAAGCCUUGUCACUGUAAGGAUAUCCUGAAGUUAGUGCUCUCACCCCUCACCCAGCAUUGCUUGGUCAUUGGAGAAACGACCUGUGCAUUUUAUUACCUGCUGGAGGCUGCGGCUGCCUCCUUGGACCUGUCAGAUAAUUAUAUGGCCUUCUUUUAUUUAAGGAAGGCAAGCAGUCUUCUGGGCCAACCCUCAGCAUUUUCAUUUUUGAAAAAACACAAGGUGAAGAUCUGUCAGUUUGAGGAGGCUACUUUCUGCCGUCUUCUGUCAGAGGUCUGUUUCAACAUGGGACACAUCACUUUAGCCAAAAAAUUGGCUAGGAAAGCCCUUCGGCUGCUGAAAAGGAAUUUCCCUUGGACCUGGUUUGGUGUCCUUUUCCAGACAUUCCUGGAAAAGUAUUGGCAUCCCUGUACCCUGAGCCAACCUCCAAACAACCCUAGUGAGAAUAAGAAGAAUUUGGCAGUUCUGCAGCAGCAGGUGCAUUGUCUGUCCCUACUCUGGCAGCUCUAUAACCUGGAGGCCACAGCCAGUAGCUACAGGUUUGCCUGCCUGGCUACUCUUAUGCAGAAGAAUUCAGCCGAGGAGUUUGCAAAUGAAGCCCAGGUUGUCUCUACCUAUGUGGAGCUCUCUCAGUUCUCCCAGAGCAUGGGCAUCAAGGACAAGUGGCUGCACUGUGAGCAGAUGGCCAUUCAGAAAAGCAGUUUAUGUUGGUUCUCCAGGGAGGGAUUGUUGGCCACAGCUCAGCUCAUGCAGGCCCUGGCCUACACCAAGCUCUGCCUUGGCCAUCUUGACUUCUCCAUCAAGCUGGGUUUUCAAGCUCGUGAGAUAUGCAGACACCUCAAGAAACCAGCUCUGGAGAAUCUGGUUCUCUCAGUUCUCUUCAGAUCUGCAUUUCUGAAGAAGAAAUUUGGUCUGUGUGUCCAUGUACUGGAGAGUCAGUGGGCGCUCAUUUCUCAGGGUUAUGAUGUCCUUGGCCUGGCCUGCUUUUACUCUGCUUGCUUAGAUCUGCUGCUCUACGGAAAAGGAUUGCUGUUUCGGCCCUUUAGUGAGUGUCUGCGUUUCGUUCAAAUCUAUGAGCACAGCCGUGUUCUGACCUCUCAGAGCAAUGUCAUGCUGGGGGUCCACUCCUCCCUGGCCAUGUGGUUUGCCCAGGAAUCACAGUGGGACCUGUUUGAGCACUAUUUCUCCAAGGCUUGCCAGUUGGUGAAAAGAACCAAUGCUUCGCUAUUUGGUGCACAUGGCUUUGUCCGAUUCCUAGAGUGCCAUGUGCUAAUGUUACAGAAAAUACCAGAGGGUAUCUUCAUGCACAUUCCUCUAGAGCUUCGCAGCCAAACCCUUGAGUACUUUAAGGAGUUCUUCUCUCGAUGUGUGACCUGCCCUGUCUAUCACCAGUGGGUAUCUGAGCUUAAGGCCUCUGUAAUGAGAUGUGAAAAGAGAGAAUUCAUGUCCCUGACUAACAGCAUCAGACCUUUUGACACUUGCUUGACCAGGAUUUGGAUAAAAGGAGAAUUUCUGCAGGAAAAUAACUCUUAGAAAAGAAAUUUAGGAAUACAGAGUAAGCAUUUCUUCCUGGAACCCUUGUGUGAGAGACAUAAAGACAGUCUCAGAUUCUUACUCAUGAGCAGUCAAAGGCUGCACUUCUGAAGUAAAAAGGGACACACAGAUGUAAGGAGUUAGUCCUUGCUCCAGAGGUAAGUAUAAUCCUCUUCCUAAUGCUAGGCCCUGCCUGGACAGAUAGGAAUCCCUUCUAUUGUUAAACAGCAAUUUCUUCAGCUUCUCUCAGCUCUUUGUUUCAGUAUUGGUAACCCUUAGGCAUAGAAAGUUCCUCCUUGCUUUUAGCCAAAGCAAUUGGGUUGUUUCCUUGGAAUAACUGGAUGGUCACUAAGGAGAGAAAAAGGUCUUAGAAGUCACAAUGUAAUGUCUGUGAAGGUGAAUGAUAACAUUAGGCAAGAAAAGGAGAGGAAAGAAUAUAGUUCCUUUCCUCAGAGCCCUGCAAAUGUCCUUCUUUCCCAGGGCCGCUAUUUAACUUUGUAAUUGCUGAGGACAUUCUUUGUAUUUAUCACAUUCUUUAUGUUCCUUCUUUCAGGAUUUAACAGAGUGGCUGAUGUCAAGGAGAACAAGGAUGCAGAAGAAACUCAAGAUGUAUGUGUUAAAAGAACAAUAACCUGAAGGGACCAUGAUUCUCUUAUUGUAUAUAACACAAGGAAAUGCCCCAGAUUCUCCUUUUAAAUAUAUAGUGUACAUAUUAAGUAUACUAGCCUUUAUAGUUACUGCUAUCUAUAUGUUUAUCAAAAUAAAAGACUAUUUUUU